AUGUCGUCUUCAAAGGACCUCCCUCCCUUCCCUUCCGACGUCCCCACGGCACCCAUCGCCCGCAUCUCUCUCAGCGACCUACUCGCCUCAAAACCACCAGCCUGCGCAUCCGCCCUGGAAGCAUGCCGAACCCACGGGUUCUUCUAUCUAGACCUCACCGCCACCACCAUCGGCUCAUCCCUCCUAUCCGCCUCAGAACGCCUUCUCCAAAUAUCCCAUCAAGUCUUCGACCACGAGCUAGAAUACAAAACCAAACAUGACCUAGUCAAAGGCGUGAGUCUGUUUGGCUACAAACGCGCCGGCACAGUCAAAUCCACCGACCCCAACUUACGCCCCGACACAACCGAGUUCUUCAACGUAGCAAAAGACCACGUCCACGGCGUGGCCGCGUCGCGCUCCUACCCGUCCGAAAUAACAGAGAACAAAGCGCUCUUCCAGUCCUUCACUAAAGAUGCGCAUGAAGUGGGCAUGCUCAUACUCGGCGAGCUGGCACAACAAUUGGGCGUAGAGCCGAAGGCCUUCCAGGACAAGAACAUCUUCACGAAGCCCAGCGGCGACCACUGCAGGCUUACGCACAAGUACGCGCAUGUGUCGGAUAGACACGCCAUCGGGCUACCCAGCCACACCGACUUCGGCAGUAUCACCAUCCUCUUCAACUGGCUCGGCGGAUUGCAAAUCCAAAGCCACGAUCCUGCCAAAGCAGGGGAGUGGGAGUACGUCAAGCCGCUUCCCGGCUGCGCGGUCAUCAAUCUAGGCGACGCGAUGGUCACCUUCACAAACGGCGUGUUGAAAUCUGCUAAGCAUCGUGUUGUUCCUGCCCCGGGGGCGCAGGGGGACGUGGAUAGGUAUAGUGUUGUGUAUUUUGUGAGGCCGCAUAAUGAGGCGUUGAUGGAGACUUGUGAGGAGUUCAGGCAUUUGGGGGAGGGAGGAAGGUCGCGGGGAAGUUUGAGCCGGAGGGGAGGGGUGUUAACGGCGGGGAGUGGAUGA